CCAGAUUCCGACAUCUACGCCGAAAUCCUGGAUGAGUCCUCGGGGCCCAGGUCUGCAGGUGGGUCCCGGCAGUGCGGGAUCCGUCGGGAGGCGGUGACUCUGGGCCGGAUCCUGGGGGAAGGAUUCUUUGGAGAGGUCUACGAGGGGCUCUACAACACCCCGGACGGGGAGCGUCUGAGCGUGGCGGUGAAGACCUGCAAGCAGGAUUGCAGCCCGGAAAACAGGGAGAAAUUCCUGAGUGAAGCAGUGCUGAUGAAGAAGCUGGACCACCCGCACAUCGUGAAGCUCAUCGGCAUCGCCGAGGACGAGCCCACCUGGAUCGUCAUGGAGCUCUAUCCCUACGGGGAGGUGGGCUCACUCCCGCCGUUAUCCCGGCUCUCCGGGCGUGUCCCCUCCCUCUCUCUCCUCACUCCGGCGGUUCUCCCGGCUCUCCGGGCGUGUCCCCCUCCUCCGUGUCCCCGCAGGGACAUCGCGGUGCGGAACAUCCUGGUGGCCUCUCCCGACUGCGUCAAGCUGGGAGACUUCGGCCUCUCCCGCUACAUCGAGGACGAGGAGUAUUACAAAGCCUCCAUCUCCCGCCUGCCCAUCAAGUGGAUGUCUCCCGAAUCCAUCAACUUCCGGCGCUUCACCACGGCCAGCGACGUCUGGAUGUUCGGUGAGG